UGACAGGUGUCAAAGUCGGAAACACUUAGCUCCGUAUUUAUCAGAGAUAAAAAUUAUUAAUUCAAGAUUUUCCCACAAUAGAAAGUGAUAAUUCUGCUCGAAACAGUGUAAUUUAUCGUAAAAACAUCAAAAAGUCAUUAAGCUAAGAAAACUUGUAAACAAAUGCUCUAAAACAAGUGGUGCGUGCUUACCGAAAUAAAGUGACUAAUAUAUCAUAAAAACAUAAACAACACUGUUUAUAUACUAUUAUUUCAUCACAAACUAUCAUAGUGAACACAAAAUAUAUCACAUUUGUACGUUUAAUGAAGCUACAAUAACAAUAACGCUAAGAAAUAUUACAAGUUAAAAGUGUAACUGUCAUCCAACUACAAAAGUACAAAAUCACGGUCAGUCAGCUGUCGGGUACCGGCAGUACAUCGCACCGCCUGCAAGCGAUUCGCGCCGUUGCGCAUACCGCGCAAGUAUCAUUCUCGGGCGCAGUAAGCCGCGCUGCGUGACUCACUCGCUGUACACACCGUCUCCGCGGCAAACUGAUCGACGCCGACGUUAUAACUAAGACUAGCUGACGCGCGAGACUGUGUCCGCGUGAAAAACGUUAAUUGGAAUUGUUACGGUUUUAUUAAAAAUAUAAAUUACUUUACAAGCUAGAAAUGGAAGAUCAAUUUCAACUUUUGUUUGAAAAAAUGAAAAAUGAAAUGCGAAAUCAAACAGUUGAACUAAAAGAAUCUAUAUUGGAGAAAUUAGACGAAAAACUACAACCAAUCAUAGCAGAAAAUAAAAUCUUAAAAUCAAAAUUGGAAUAUCUUGAGAAAGAAAUAGAAAGCCUGAAAAGAGGAAAUAAGCAAAGUAACCUAAUAAUUUACGGACUGGCAGAAGAUGAAAAAUCUACACAAGAACUAAUUCAUAAAGUGAAGGCAAUAAUCAAAUCCGACUUGGACCUAAAUUUUGAAGAAUAUGAGGUAAAUAAAAUUUAUCGAAUUGGAAAAAAACAAAAUUCAGGUAAUAAACCAAGGCCUAUCCUAUUUUCCUUUGUAAACGAAUGGAAGAAAAGCGAAGUAAUGAAAAGAAAGAAAAAUUUUAAAAACGUGUAUGUGUCUGAAGACUACACUAAAGAAGUUUUAGAAAAAAGGAAAAUGUUACAGGCGCAACUAACAGAGGAGAGGAAAAAAGGUAAUGUCGCCUAUUUAAAAUUCGACAAACUAAUAAUUAAAGAGAAACCAAGUAGCACAAACAAUGACAAAAGGAAAAGAGAAAUGUCAACAUCACCACAACAAAAUACACAACCAAGAAAACAACAAAAUGUAAAAACAUCCAAUACCAACAGACUGAAUGCUUAUGACUUGAUGAAGAUUAGAUCUAAUUCCCUUCCAUCUAAUGCAAGUACAAUAGCAAAUAAGCAAUGACAACUAACUAUCAAUAACCCGUACGGACAACUAACACCAAAUAAAAAUAAAAAACAAAAAUUAAAAUAUACAAACUCAAAUCUUCCAAGACGGCUGGUCACCGAGGAAGAUAAUGACCACUACCUUCCAAAGGAGAUAAAUUCAAAUUUAUCAAAAAACUCAAUAAUCUUGGAACAAAAGAAGUUCUACAUAACUACCUACAAUGCUCGAACACUAUCAUCACACGAACGAAUAAUUGAACUAACCGAAGCCCUGUUAAAUAUAAAGUAUGAUAUUAUUGGAAUAUCGGAAAUGAGACGCAUGGGCAAUGAAGUAGCAGAAUAUGACGAUUUUAUUCUCUGUCAUACAGGACAAACACCAGGAAAAUACGGAGUCGGCUUCCUAAUUAAAAAAUAUCUAAAACCAUAUCUAGCAAGCUAUAUCGGUAUAUCAGAACGAGUAGCACUGAUACACUUUGACUUCCCAACUAAGAAACUUACUGUUGUGCAAACUUAUGCACCUACUGAAGCUGCAAGUGAGAAGGAGAUAGAUGUUUUUUAUGAAGAUAUCUAUAAAGCCAUGGGUCAAGCAUACAAAGAUUUUAUUAUAAUGGGAGACUUUAAUGCCAAAAUAGGUCAACCACUAAAAGAAGAGUAUUUGAUAAUGAAACAAAAUGGGUACGGAGAGAGAAACACCAGAGGUCAAAGGCUCAUAGACUUUGCAUUAGAGAACAAGUUAUCGAUUAUCAAUACAUUUUACAAGAAAAAUUUAAAAAAAAAGAUGGACAUGGUGCUCCCCAAAUGGUCUUUAUAAAAAUGAAAUCGAUUUCAUUAUGACCAAUCAACCUCAAAUGUUUCAGAAUAUUGAUACUCUAAAUAUAAACUACCCAUCUGAUCAUAGACCACUUAGAGCUGUUAUUACACUCGAGAAGUCAAUAAAAAGCAGAGCGAGCUAUACUAAUAACAACAAAUAUAGCGCACUAAAAACAGAACCAGAAAUAGCAUCGUAUAUAGAAUCGCUAAAAUAUCACAUGCCCUCGCUACAGUGUUGUUCAAAUCCAGCAGACACAGUGCAAAUUUAUCAUGACAAAAUAAUAAACUGUAUACAAAUUAGCCUACAAAAAGCACGACAGACAAACCUAGAAACAAAAGACAGUAAUAUACUAUCAGAACGGUCAAAAAACCUCAUUAAAAGAAGACAAGAACUACAAAAAACAAAAAAUAAAACUAGAACACUGAAAAAUGAACUCAAAGCUCUAUAUAAGCUGACAGGUAAAUAUAUCAAAUCCGACUACAUAAGACACAGAACCAAUGUCAUAAAGAGACACCUAGAAGAAAAAGGCAGCUUGAAAAAAGGCUUUAAAGAAUUACAAUAUAAAAGAACAUGGAUUGAUGGAUUAAAAGCUACAGGAAAAAUUACGUACGGACGAAAUGACAUUAUAAAUAUUGCCACAGAAUUUUACAAACAACUAUAUAGUGCCGUAAGUAAGUCUGAUAAUACCUAUGACGACACCGUGACGCACACUCAGACACAACACUGCAUAGAACCGAUAGCCUGCGGUGAAGUAAUAGAGUCCAUAAAAAAGCUAAAAUCCGACAAAAGCCCGGGUUCAGAUUAUAUCACAAACGAUGCCUUAAAGACGGCCGUAGUGAUACUAGCUGCUCCAUUAGUCAAAUUGUUUAAUAUGAUUUUAGAAACAUAUGAAACACCUUCGCAAUGGUCAGAAUCUAACAUUAUUUUAAUUUAUAAAAAAGGUGAUCCCAAAGACAUUGGAAACUAUAGACCAAUAAGCCUUUUAUCAACUCUCUACAAACUCUUUGCUACAAUUAUUAACCAAAGAAUAACCACUACGUUAGAACAACAACAACCUAUCGAACAAGCAGGUUUUAGGAAAGGGUUCUCUACUAUAGACCACAUACAAACCUUAGAAUUGAUAAUUGAAAAGUACCAAGAAUAUCAAAGACCAUUAUAUAUAGCUUUCAUUGAUUACCAAAAAGCAUUUGAUACGGUUUCACAUGAAAGCAUAUGGGAAACUUUGAAAGCUCAUAAUGUAGAAGAAGAUUAUAUUAGGAUCCUAAGGAAUAUAUAUAGCAGAUGUACUAGUAGGGUAAAACUAGAAACUAUCGGGCCAAGCUUUCGUGUAAAAAGAGGAGUUCGUCAAGGGGACCCACUCUCCCCCAAAAUAUUUAUCGCAAUACUAGAGUCCAUAAUAAAAAACUUAGACUGGAACAAUAUAGGAAUAAGUAUCAAUGGAAAAUACUUAAGUCACCUGAGAUUCGCAGAUGAUCUGGUUUUGUUAUCUGAAAACAGCUCUUGUUUACAACAGAUGAUCGAAGCUCUCCACAUAGCAAGCAAAAAAGUGGGCCUUGAAAUGAACGCCACUAAAACGAAAACCAUGUCAAACCACAUUAAAACAAACAUAAAAAUAGAAAACGAAACAUUAGAAUAUGUCGAUCAAUAUAUAUAUUUAGGAAAACAAAUUAGUUUUAAUAGAGACAGCAACGAGAUGGAAAUAGAAAGAAGAGUUAAAAACACAUGGUCAAAAUACUGGAGCUUCAAGGAAGUGUUCAAAAGCGAUAUGCCUAUAAACCUAAAAAAGAAGGUAAUGGAUUCGUGUCUUAUCCCGUGUUUAACAUAUGCUUGCCAAACCUGGAAAUUCACAAAUAACACAAAAAACAGAAUAGUUGUAUGUCAAAGGGGAAUGGAACGCAGCAUGAUGAACAUAAAAAGAAUACAAAAAAUAAAGCACAAAGACAUAAGAGCGAAAACAAAAACAAUUGAUGCUCUUCAACAAGCACAAAAAUUAAAGUGGAAAUGGGCCGGACAUGUUGUUCGCCUGAAAGACAACAGAUGGACAAAAUCAGCUACAGCAUGGCGGGGACCACCAGGCAAGCGUCGUACGGGUAGACCCUACACACGCUGGGAAGAUGACAUCAAAAAGUUAGCUGGACCACAAUGGAAACAAAUUGCCCAAGAUAGAGAGAAAUGGCAAUCCUUGGAAGAGGCCUUCACCUGAGAGGGGUUCCUAACAGUAUAAAUAUGAUUAUGAACCAAAAAUGGUACAUUGUAAAUAAUUUUCGUUUUUGUUAGUUUAAUUUUUUUAGUUUAAGGUACCUAAUUGUAAAAUUUAUAUAGGAAAUAAAAGGCUUUUUAUUUU